GAAAUUUUCAUUGACGUCAUCAAACGCCAUUUUUGUCAAGUCGUUGAAAACCAAGUAGGCCCUACUCGAAGCUCCUGGUGAAUUUUCACCUUUCCAAAACUUGUCUUCUUGAAGUAUGGCGACUGAAGCAGGAAGUGGCACCCCUCCCAUUGAAGAUGAUGUUUUCAAACAGCCACAGCCAAAAGGUGUUGAGCAGUCUGAAGAAGCACGUCUCCGAAAGAAAUACCCUAAUUUGAAAGGUGGUGGUGGAACUGCGAUUCUCCAAAAAAGAUUAAUCCAAAAAGGGAAAUACUUUGAUUCUGGUGAUUAUAACAUGGCCAAGGCAAAACUAAAUAACCCAAAGAAGCCUUUAAAUCAGUCUGAAAAACUUUUAAUCCAAGAAUCGAUCGGAGAAGCCAUUCCCACGCCAGAAAAUCUACCUGCAAGGAAACCUUCACUGCCUAGUAAGCUUGUGGAUAGGUUGCUGAUUGAGGGAAAACAGUGAUGUGACAAAUGACCUAGUUUGAGCUACAAAAUAAGAACAAACUUCCAAGGAGAAAUUUCCUAACAGUUGAAAUAAUGUGAUGUGCAAAUAAGAACUUGAUACCUAGAAGAUGGUGGUGUUUUCUGAUCAGCCUAAUGCGAUAUCAUAUUUGUUAACAAAAAGUAACCCAAGCGAUUUUUUUCUUUACUUCAUGUAAAAUAAUUUUGUCUGGGUCAGGUUUCAUAUUUGUGAUAUAGAAGCUAAAUAUAUAAAAUUUUGUUAUGAUUGGAAUUUUGUUUUAGAUUUUAUUGAGAGUAAACAUAUUUUCAUUAGAUUAUAAGUUUAUGAUACUUUUUUUUUCCAAAUUACUAAAGAUACUACAGUGUGAUAAAUCAAUGUAAAAUAUUUUGCAUUUGAAACAGAAUUCUGUUCCUAACUUUAUGUCAAAUUUAUCAUGUACAAUGCCCACUAUCAUCCAAUCAUUUAUAUUUUAUUAUUAGGAAUGUAGGAAAAUUAAAUAUUAUAUCCCUCCUCUCUGUUGAAUUUUGUUAGGAUUUAUGAUGUGAAGUUAUUGUUAGACACAUCAUGUAGAAUAGAGAUUUAUACAUCAAUCAAAAGAUGAGUUCUAGUAUUGACGAAAGAAGCACCUUUGCUCUUCCCCUAUAUUAGAAUAAUAUGUAUCUCUAUCCCUUAUACUCUUGUAUGAAUAUAUUUUGUGUAAGACUAGUAAACUGAUCCCAAAUAUAAAUAUAUUUUAUGGCUUAUUUUAUUGUGUAUGUUUGAUAUUAUGACUGAUAUUAAUUGUGUUCUCUAAUUGAAUUGAUGAAUGUAUUAAAUAAUAUUGCAUUAAAAAGCUGUUAAUUGAAUUUUGCAUUGUUAACUUGUCCAAGUAGGUGAACAUUUUUCAUUUGGUUUCAAAAGGUUGCUCUGCACACGUGGCGGAUAAUGGAGAAUAGUUUUCGUUGUGACUUUUUCAAAGAUAUCUAUGUUUUAUAAAUUAUAAUUAGAGAAUUUGACUUGUAAGCUGGAAGUAAAAAUUGAUGUAUAUCUAAUGUAGAUGGUUAUUUUCCUUUUAAAAAAUGGACAAAUAUAUUUUCCCACAACAGUAACAUUAGUCUGAAGUGUCUGACUCUUUCCCUGGCUUAGUUAACUGAAGAGUUAAUUAAGCCCUCGAUAAAUGUUUAACAUGGUUUUUCAGGACAGUAGCUUCUAAAAAGACAUAUAAGGUUAAGAUAACUGGAAAAAAAGGGAAAUGGGGAGCUGAUUCGGAUUCCCUUUGCGUCGGCCUUUAAGAUAGCCAUAAAAGACACAGCGGAAAGAAACGUUAGAAUAACAUAAAACAUGAUUACAGAUAGAUUGAUGUAACAUUUCUUGAUAAUAUAUCUUUGAUACUGUAAAUAUGGUGUGGUCGUUUCAUACUCCUGAAAUAAAUGUGUUCUAAAACAAUAGGUAACUCUCUCCAUUAAACAUAUUUUUUAUAUUGUAAGCCUAUUCUUAAUGUUUUCUUUGCUCAAUUGCUAUUUGUUCACAACACAGAAAAUUGAAGUAAGUGGAUAUACCACAACAGCCAUAGCCGGAAAGGUAUUCAUUUAUACUACUAGACUGAGGGUUAAUUUUAUAAUCAUCUUGGGUAAAGUAUGGAUGCAUUGAUAUUAUUCACUUUUCCUACAAAGAAUCACAGAAAAUUUCUUCUUUUGAAAAAAGAUUCAAUUAUAAAUAAAUAUCAAAAGAAUUAAAAAUUUAAAUUUUGCUAUUGAGACUAAAGAGGCAUUGUCACUUUUCAAGUAAAGGCAUUAAUUUUUUAUACAUAAGACAAAACCUUUUGCACAAUUGUUCCUUGAAUUUUAUGAAAGGUACUGUAAAAUGUGUAUGAAUUUUAAAAGGUCUUUAUUCCAGCAAUGAAUUAUUCAGAUUUGUCACAAAUAUAACCCAUAAUAUUUAUUUUUUACCCUGCGUGUCUCGGCAAGAUGUAUUUUAAAACAUAUUGAUCCAAAUUAUGUUGUAAUUCUGUUGUGAUUCAUUAUUAAGGGUUAAGCUAAGGGUAUACAUAUUAAUGUUUGUGUACAAAAUAAUUUGAAAUAUUAUAGUUUUGAUUGAAAAAUGUGUUAUGAAUGAGAUUCCAGAAAAGAUUGGAAUUUAUUUGUUGUUUAGAAUGACUUAUUUGGUUGAAGAACAUCUUAGAACAAUCAUGUUUGUGUAUAUAUAAAUUAAGUAUUGCUAAGUGACAGAAUUUAAAUGUAUAUAUUAUAGUAUGAUUACAAUAAAUGUUGAAUGUUA